AUGCAUGACCGAGUUCGCAUGAGCAGCGGCCGUCCUGCGGAUCUCCUACUUCCGGAUAUCAAUAUCGUGCACAUCAAACGAUGCUCCCCAGUCCAUCCAAAGCAUCUUUGUCGGCAGGCUGAGGAGCUUGGUGUCGGUUUCAAAUCCCGGGUUGUGGCUAGGACGGAGACGCCGCGGCCCGCUGCUCUGGAGCUGACCCGCGAGAUGUCCGUACCGGAAGUGAUGACGUGGCUCCAGGAGGACAUUGCGGAGCUAAUCAGCGUCUUCGGAGAGCAGCUGGGUGGGUGGGUGGAUGGGCGGGUGGGUGGAUGGGCGGGCUAUCAAGUAGCAGGCGGUCGGUACUCCCGAGUUUCAGCAAAGCUGGAGGUGCUGGGCAGUACACCCUGCCCCCGAUUCCACGCGGACCACGUGGGUAUACGACUGCUGGUGACGUACUACGGCCCUGGCACGGUGUAUGUGGAGAACAGGGCGUCCUUAGGGGCGUUUCCUUGGGGGGAAAGUUCUGGCAUGGUAGGGCGAGGCACGUGCGCCGCCGCUGGCUAUGGGGCGGCAGUCGAGGCGCCCGAUGAUGGCAUGACCACGUACACGUAUCCGUACAGCAGCUGCUGGGGCCGGGGGCCCGCAAACAAAACACAUGAUGAUGAAAGGCUCGGAAGACUGGGAAAGCACGGAAUUUCCCAACCGUUGCGGCUGCUGCUGACUGUAGACGAUGUGGUGGGGCAUACAGGUAGCGGAUGUGGGUGUGGGCAGGUGCACGAGGGACAGCCGGAGGGCCGGGGUAGGGGGCAGGAAGCAGCAGCCGCAGCCGCUGGGGGGAUGGUUCAGGGCGAGGAGGUGGUAGAGGAGGCACGGAUUCGGCACUACGUGGGUCAUUAUUGGUGGUGA